UUUUGUGAUCUCCCGCCAUUAUUCUUUUGCCGCGCGAGCAGCCGAAAUUCCCCACCAAAACCAAAAUCCCCCACUCGCUCUCUUUCUCUGCCAUUUUCGCCGGCGGAAGAGAAGAAGAAAGGAGAUGGCGGCGGAUGAGGCCGACGGGGACCGCUUCAUCGAGAUGGUCUUCGCGGGGGCUCUCUACCGCGGCGGCGCCCAAUGGGAGCGCAAGUACUGGAGCUGCUCCAGGGGUAAAGACAGGUACCCGUACCCUGUGGGCUACCAUGCCGUCCGCCAUUUCUCCGGGACAUCGUAUGCCAUGGAAAUCAAAGAAGGGCCCAGAGGGCCUUUAUUCCAGGUCACAUCCACCAAAGGAGAUUCCGCAACAGGACAGACCCCUGAUAUAGCUUGGAAGAACUUGCACAAGAAGGCGGGGGCUAAAGUCAGGGACUGGCAGAGGGAGGGGAGCUUCCCACAGAAGAUUGAUGGUGUUGAGCUUUUUGGGUUUAAAAAUGCAUCUGUUCAGAGACUGCUCCGUCAGCUUCUAGUAGAUUCGACUGGAUUUGGAAUAGACAUGUCUUCUCAAAACAUUUCUGGUGCCGCUUCACAGUCAACUGAUAAAGCUGCAACUGAUGUUUCUGACGAAUAUGAAGAGCAGCAUGCUUGUCUGGCCAAGACAGAUGGAACUGCUAAGAGAUUUAUGAACCCAGUCCAGGAGGAAGCUAUUGCUAAGAAAUCCCACUACCAGGAUAUGUUGACUUCAGUUGAUAAUUGCAAUGUUGAGUUGGAUAAAUCUGCUCAUCAAAGUUCAAAAAAGGGAGGUCUUGGAAGUAAUGCACAGUUGUUGGAUUCUUCUAUUUCAAGAUGUUUGCCUCCAUUGCUGGAAGAAAUACCCUUUGAUUCAAAAUGCACUCUGGUUAAUGAUAGUUUGGAAGAUUAUGCCCCAAAUUCAUCUCAAGAAGAUGGGUUAUCUUCUAGUUCUUAUUUAGACUCUGAAAAGUCUGGUCUGGAUUUAGCAGAGAAGGAAGUAGCCAGGUCUAUGAUGGCAUUUUUGCUUCCCCAAGCUAUACCCCUUCUGACGAAAACUUACAAAAGAAGGAAGAUUAAGCAAAAAAAGAAAGAAGUACCUGAAGUUAUAGCGAGAAGUGCUUCAGCUCCAAAUCCCUCUGCUGAUGGGGGCGAAGGCGCUACUCUGCCUACAAGUAUUGGUGAAGGGAAUACCAAUGGCUCUCAAACACAUGUCAGUGGGAAGCAUCUGUGUGAAACGGUCAAAGACAGCAGUGCUAGUGGUGAACAAAUUGCUAAACUAGUUGACACAAAAGCUGUUGUCGCAGAUAGUUUUGAGGAUGAUGGACAGAUUGGGGGUGACAACACAUCCAAACCUAUGGCUGCUCACCAUCAUGAGUCUGAUGAUGCAUGCUCAAGGGAACCUAAUGAUGACUCAAAGUUGCUACGGAGCAAAGAUAUACCUGAUGUGGUAUAUGAUCAUGCUGAAUUUUCUAAGUGUCAGGUUGAGGUACACAACAGCAAAGAUAUACCUGAUGUGGUAUAUGAUCAUGAGAAAGGUCAGUAUAUUUUGUCUGAUUCGCUCCUUGCUUGCCUAGAGGAAGAGUUUGGCAUGGAUGAUGGUUCCCACCCUACACAGUGCAAUCAUGGUAAUGGCGAUGUUAAACCAACACAAGCCCAGCAGCAGUUGAAGGACUCAAAAGAAGCUAUCAGCAAUAGCUCAUCAAUAUCCACUGAUGGAUCAGGUCACAAGAACAUGGGCAAUGGACACAAUGUUUUUGGCCACCAUGCUGGUCCCGCACUUUCUGACAUUAAUCAUGUAAAUGGCUUACUAUCCAAACACUCAGAAACACCAACAAAAGGGUCAGAUCAUUUAGAGCUUAUGGGCUGCUACCUGCACCCAAUGCCUGUCUUGUCUAUCAUGUUAAACACCAAAAACAAUAGCAGCUUACAUGUUUAUGUACUUUGUGGUUUUUCUGAGAGCUGUGAGAGAUUCCUCUAUGUGUACAACAUCACUCCUAAGGAUCACCAUGAAGAACCACCUUAUUUUACUGGCUACACUUCCCUUCUACUCCCCUCAUUGGAGCAGGUUUCUACAGGGAAUUCUACAUUUGGACGAUCCGGGAUACAGUUUACACCUGAUGGCCAGUUUCUGGUCCUUCUUAGCAGUAUAAGAACACCUUGUUGUAGGAUUCAAAACAUUGAUUGUUCAUGCUCCAUAUGCAAAUUGAAUCAGUGCGACGACAAUUCUCUGAAGAUUGUAUCUGUUAACUUUGGCUACAUUUCACUGUUGACCAAAUUGGUGCCUCAUGGGGCAGUGUCUUGCUUUUUGAUAUGUGAACCAAAUUAUGUUGUAGCAGCUGAAGACAGCAGAAAUUUGCAUAUAUGGAUGAUGGCCACUGGAUGGAGUGCAAUCUCUGAGGAAUAUGUCAUUUCUAGUUUGGGUAAUGUGGGCCCUUCGAUACUGGAGCUCAGAAAAAUGCCAAAAAGCAGCUCUCUCGUUAUUGGUCAUGAUGGCGCAGGCGGCUUUUGUUUGUGGGACAUCUCCAAGCGAACACUUUUGUCAACUUUUGCAGCUCCUGGGAAUAUUGUGUUCCAGAUUCUCCCUUUAGGCCUCUGUAGUUUACAGGAGGAUGUCGUUCAUGCUUCAAUCGAUGACAUAGAGAGAAGGUUACAGGAGAUCACAGUGAGUGACAUGCCUGGAAAAGAUGACAAGGAGUCCAUUCUGAUGUUAUCAGGAAACGAUAUAGCUGUUUGGAUUAUGGUGUCUUCUGCUUCAGUUGCUGAGUAUCAACACGACCUUCGAGCAAAAGAACACAAUGCUCGAUGGAGGCUAGCUCUGCUGGCAAACAAGAAAGUUUCUAUGGGAAAUAUAUUUGAUCCAAGAGCUACUUCUGUAGAUGUCACUGGUAACUAUGGAUUUGCUGGAACAUAUGAAGGUCUCUUGUAUAUGUGGGAAUUGUCUUCUGGGAGAAAACUUACCAGCACACAGUGCUUCGACAGUGUCCGAGUUUCCUGUGUUGCUGUUGAUGCCAAAUCAAGUGUAGUGGCAGUAGCAGCUGACAAUGGUUGCCAGCUAUCACUUUACACCCGCACCAGGGUGUAAUGCAGUUGUGGUCAAUCUACCUGACGUCUGUAAUUGUAUAGCGCCUGCAAUUUUCAGUUCUCCGCACUUAGCUAACAAUGUGUACAUAGGCUCAAGUUCCAUAGAAAUUUUGCUCUUUAACCAUUCCCAAGGCCUACCUUUCAUUUUCCAUGCCCUUCUUCGAGAAGUCAAUAUCUCUGAUGAAAAGAGCAUUAC